UUUUCCCGUUGUUACUAUUCCGCUCCGCUCCGGGGCAGCCGGCGCUCGGCGGGUCCCUGAGGCGCCGGCCCCGCCCUCUGCCGCCGCUCCCGUCAGGCUCCGGGCGGGAUGGCGGCCGCGGCGGCGGCGGGAGUUACGGACUGCCCGUCCUUCGAGGAGAAGCUCAUACAGGUUACUUUAUGGCUAAAGAAAAUAUAUGGGAAUAUGCCUGUUCCAACAUAUGAGGUGAAUGAAAGGACAGUGGAUAUUUUGUAUGAAGUUAUGGAAUGCAAUGAAGAGAGAGAGAAGGAUGUUAAGUUGCUGAUAGAGGACAUGAAGGACCGGACAGCCAAGUAUGAAGCAGAAGCUGAGUACUGGCAGGAUAUUCUUGAAGGAAACCUGGGUCUUUCUCAAAAUAGUCUAUCCCAAGAAGCCAUCACAGACCUCAAUGACCUGGUGAAAAGUGCAAUGGAACUGGAGGUGGAGGACACGUCUCUUACCAGCUUCUACUGCGCCAUCAAUUACAUGACCUCAGAACUGUAUAAAACAAAAUCAAAAAACCAAGAAAUGGAACUGAAAUUGAAAACCCUCACGAAAAAACUAACUUCAGCACUGAUGAUGGAAAAGCAGUUAGAGAUGGAUAUUGAAAAAUUAAAGGAAUCUCAGGAAGCAGAAAGGGCCAAAGCUGAGGUUCAAUCCAAGAAUUUGGAGUUCCUGAAAUACAAAACUAAGGAACUAAAAAUAAACAUCAAGGAGGCUGAGGAUAAGCUUCUUGCCAUGGGGCUGGACCAAUCCCUGACGCAUGAGGCACUUGUGAAAUCAUCCGAGGAACUGUCUGCACUGCAGAAAGACAUGGAGCCGUUGAAGAAAGAACUGGAGUCGUACCAUAAUUUACCUCUUAGCAUUCCCCUGGCACAAGUGAUAGUUGAAGAAGCAAGAAGAGAACUUAAAGCCUUGGAUGAAGAGCUCACAAAGGAGGUCGACAGUCUGCCUUUUGAGCUGACAUAGCCCAGCAAACCCCAGUUCACCUGAAGUGGCCUACCUGGAUCAUGAUUUUCCUUCUGUUGCCUACUUGCGCUAGCAGUUCAUUUCAGAAUUCUUACUGUACCUUGUCAGCUUCCUGCUGUGUUCUUCUUUCUGUUGGCCUUCUGUUUGUAAACUUCACCUGUUUUUCAUUAAAUAACCUCCAGACUUGCUGUUACCUUUAUGAGUUAUUUUUCCCUCUGUGACACACACCUGUAAAGCAGCUCUAAGGAUAGUGCAGGCAUAGCUUUGAAACAAAAAAAAAAAAACCCAUAGAGUAAGACCUUUCUAGAUCUGAAAACAGUAUCUUUGCAGAACCACUGUGGGACAUGAUGAUUUUGAAGUCAGAUUGCCCUUAAUAAUUCUGCCUCAAAUGUCAUCUCACAAGGGUUCCCUAAGCCCUAUUAUUUCUAUGCCAUCGCCACCCCUGCCUUCCACACUUUCCAAAGUGUUUUACACACUCCAGCUUUUAGAAGCCUUUUUGUACCAAAGCUGAAGGUCAUAAAAUCUCCUGUGGAUAGGGAAAAAGCAAAAUCUAGAAAUAGUGGUAGCACCUGAGGAUAUUGAGCGUGGGCCUGUUUGUACUGGGAAGCAUCGAGGCAAAAUAGUGGUGCUCUCUGUUUGCAGUUGGAGUUGCAGGGGAUUAUGGCCAUGAGAGCUGUUGCU